AUGUCUGGACGUGGCAAGCAGGGUGGCAAGGCUCGCGCUAAAGCCAAAACUCGUUCUUCUCGAGCAGGUCUCCAGUUCCCCGUGGGCCGUGUCCAUCGUCUGCUCCGCAAAGGCAACUAUGCCGAGCGAGUUGGGGCUGGCGCGCCGGUGUACUUAGCAGCUGUGCUGGAGUAUUUAACAGCCGAGAUCCUGGAGCUGGCGGGCAAUGCGGCUCGUGACAACAAGAAGACUCGGAUUAUUCCUCGUCAUCUGCAGCUGGCCAUCCGUAACGACGAGGAACUCAACAAGCUGCUGGGUAAAGUCACCAUUGCGCAGGGUGGUGUCCUGCCCAAUAUUCAGGCCGUGCUGCUGCCCAAGAAGACUGAAAGCCACCACAAAGCCAAGGGCAAGUAAUACCGUGGAUUAGUUUGUAAUAACUUGAGUCCAGUCC